CGCCUUCGGGGAAGCGGAUCGAGAUGGACCGGCGGUCGCGAAUGACGAAGUCGUCCCCCGGCGCGGCGCACCAGUCGCCGGUGGCGUCUAAGAAAGAUCGGAGGCCUAGCAUGUUCGAGAAGGAGGCAUAUGCACAGAUCUUAAGAGAGAGACUGAGAGAAUCUAUUCAUGACGUUCAGUAUGUGGAACCUCCAUUUGAUGAUUCAAUUGCUGAUAUAGGCAAAGAAUGGAAGAGUGCCCUGGCAAAACUAAAGUUUGCCAAUUCAUAUAGAAUGGAGCCAUUGAAGAAAUUCCAAGCGCAUUCAGUAGAAACUAAAAUCCAACAGAUAUUAAAGGACAGUCUUAAAGAUGUCAAAUAUGAUGAUAAAUCCUUCUCUCAUUUGUCACUUGACUUGGCAGAUCGAGUAUUGACAGCAGUCAAAGAAUUUGGGUACCAUCGUUAUAAAUUCAUUAUAAAAGUAUUAUUUAUUCAAAAGACUGGUCAAGCAAUAAAUAUUGCCAGCAGAUGGAUCUGGGAUGUGGCAUGGGAUAGCUGGGUACAAGCUAAACAUGAAACAGAGUCUUACGUGGCAUUGGUUUUGGUGUUUGCUCUCUAUUGUGAAUAGCUCAGGACUAAUUAAAGCAGUUUCACACACACCCUUCUUCAAAAUAAAUAACAUGUACAGAUGUGUGAGCCUCAUGUGUUAUCUUACCAAUAAACAAUCAAAAGCCAGUUAUAUUAAUUUAUUAACAGCAUGCUGUCCCUACCCCCAAUAGUAGGAAGGUAGGUAUGGAUUCUUAUAGAUUCCAAUACAGAGGGAUACUUAUUCUUUUUAGAUAUAAAAAAAAUUAGGAUAGCCAGGCAUGGUGGCACAGGGAGGUGGAUCUCUGUGAGUUCCAGAACAGCUUGGUCUACAUAUUGAAUUCUGGGGUCAGCUUGGUCUACAUAGUAAAUUCUAGGACAGCCAAGGGCUACAUGAGAGCCAGUCUCAUAAAAUAACAUCAAAUUAGGACUUGCCAUAGGAAAUUAAGCUGAAGUCUCAAAUAUAAGUGCAAGAUACAUUUUGGAAAACUUAUGAAGAUAGAUGCAUUUCGGGUGGUGUUUUAAUAUUUUGUAUUUGUUCUUUUGAAAGAAAUCCCUAAGUUUAAAGUUUAAGUAUUGGUGCUUUAUCUAAAUUCCUCCUUCUCCAAUCAAAAUACAAAUGAUUUUCCAUUGAGUAGUCUGUUAGGCUCAUUUAGAUGCAAGAACUAAAAACUCCCAAAUAAUAUUUAAAGAAAUAAAAAUGCAUUUCCCAGCAAUUUGGUAAGAAUACAGGCUUUCUGUCUUCCAACUCUGGUUUAACUUGGUGGAAUUUAAUCAUAUUUCCAUGACUGGACUGGGAUCUAUCUUCUGUGGAAAAGGUGGGUAUGACUUCCACACCAGGAUUGCUCUACCAAGGAAUGGGUAGGCUUGGGGGAUGUGUUUCAGCAGUAGAGUGUUUGCCUGUAAUGCUGAGGUCCUGGGUUUCAUGCCCAGCAACCCCUUCCCAACAUAGUUGAAUGUCUCAGCAUAAAAGCCUGGGAAGCAAGCAGUCACCCCUGUGAAGUGCUGCCCAAUGAAGAGGACAGAGGUGGAUGACAGUGUGACAAAGGUCUGGGUACUGACUUCAGUGUAGCUUCCAGAGAAGACAGUGGGGAGUUUUUAGUCAUGGGAGAUGGUAAUGGGCACAAGACACUGGGAGUGUUGCAGAGAGCAGACCCUUCACUGCAUGACUAACUUGGUGCCCUUCCCCCAAAGCCACCAGACCACUGUAACUUCUGUAGCAACAACUAUUGUUCUUAAGGAGUUGUAAAGAUCAAAUACCUUGAAUGUUACAUAAAUGUUUACAUGGGUCAUUACAAGAAAUCUGAACAUCUGGACUACCUGCCUGCCUCUCGAGGUUUUAUGGUGAGAGAAAGGGAAAGGGAGGAAGGACAUAUGAGAGAGAGAGAGAAAAAGAGAGAGGGGGGGG